AUGCCUGGGACGGUGGCUGAGGGACCGACGGUCUCCAUGUCCUUCGCGAACAACUUCUGGGGAAAAGAUGAUGCAGGCUUACAACCCAUGCUUGACCGCAUGCACUGCUCGAAAACGACUAGUGAUGAAUUGAAAGUGUUCUACAGCGUACGAGCCGCGAUUGAAGACGAAUAUGCCCGGAAACUUUCAGCGCUGUGCCGUAAGUCGCUAGGGGCAUCCGAAACUGGCUCUCUACGACUCUCGCUCGACGUGGUACGGGGAGAAACGGAAGCGAUUGCCAAAGCACACUCCGCGAUUGCAGGUCAGAUGAAAACUGAGCUGGAGGAGCCGCUAUCCGCUUUUGCCAGCGGACUGAAGGAAAGACGAAAGAUCAUCCAAAACACUAUUGAACGCCUUCACAAGACCAAAGUCCAACAGACACAGGCUGUCAACAAAACACGGGAUCGCUACGAACAAGACUGUCUGCGCAUUAAGGGCUAUCUCGCACAGGGUCACAUGGUAAUGGGCCAAGAAGAGCGCAAGAACAAGGCCAAGCUUGAGAAGACUCAGAUUCAACUUGCAUCAAACAGCAACGAAUACGAGGCCGCCGUUAAGACACUUGAGGAGACGACCGGUCGCUGGAACAAGGAGUGGAAGGCAGCCUGCGACAAAUUCCAAGAUCUGGAGGAAGAGCGUCUAGAUUUCUCUAAGAGCAGUCUCUGGACCUAUGCGAACAUUGCGUCCACAGUCUGCGUUAGCGACGAUGCUUCGUGCGAGAAGAUCCGUCUCUCCCUCGAAGGCUGCGAGGUUGAGAAGGACAUCGUCUUCUUCAUCAAGGACAAAGGCACUGGCCAGGAAAUUCCGGACCCGCCACGCUUUAUCAAUUUCUGCAAAGAGGACACAGACACAGGAUCUGAAGUUGAUGAAGGUGAGGGCUACUCAGUUGCCCAGUUCCAGAGGACUAUGAACCCGGCAUUCCGCACAUCGUCUCCUCAGCCUUCGACCUUUGAGUCCCACCAUGACCCGCAGUCGGAUCUUGCAGCUCAGAUGGGUCAUCCGGCACCACUUUCUGCGCAGGACGAUGCUCAGCAGCCUCCUCCCUUGGACCUUCGACGGGGUGGACAACUCCCGCCGAACUAUGAUCCGGAUCAGCAUGGGGAGAUUAAUGCCAUUCCUCACAACGCUUACCCCACUGAUGGUAUGACCAUGUUCUGUCGCACUGGGCCCCCUUCGGAGCGAAGCUCAGCCGCUAGCGCAUACCGACCAUCCAGCCGUGACUCCCAGAGUGAAGUAUCGAACCCUACCUCCAUGUCGAGUGUAGAACAGCCAAUCACCGCAAAGCCACCACCUAAGCCGACAAACAGCGAACCUUUGCCAAGCCAAAGAGAAGACAAGCAAGCUACACCGAAAAAGAAGACUGCCUUCUUUAGCAACAGCCCCUUCCGUCGUAAGAGCCGUCAUGAUAAGGAGAGGCCUGCCAUCGGAUCGCAAUCUUCCAGGAGCCCGUGGAGCUCCCCUACUAAGCAGGCCAGCCCACCAAAGGCACCUCAACCUCAGCCUCAGCCUCAACCUCAGCUAGAGCGCCGCACCCGGAGCCCUGAGCCUGUUGACCCACGUGCUAACUUCCAGCUCAAUGUUGGAAACAAUGUUUUCGAUGUUGCUUCUCCCGAGAAGAAUGCAGCCAACCGGUCAGCACAGAAAGCCAAGGGUGGUGAGGAUGAUGCGGACCCCAUCGCGCGUGCUUUGGCCGAUCUGAAGACCACUGGGAAACAAUCUACUCUCCGUGUUUCCGCUGAUCGAUACCACGGAAUCUCGACCCCGACCCCUUCGGCCCCCUCGUCUACCUACGGUGGCAGCUCUUCUGGCGCUCCUCCCGCAUACCACGACCCGUCGGUUAAACGCCUCGAUGCUCCCGAGCCAGCUUUCACAUCUAAGCAGAUGCAGAAGACCACUCAGAGGUAUACUGGUCAAACACAGAGCAUGCUUCGAGGCGGCAGCAAUAACCCCAAUGCUCCCCCCACAGCAAAGCCCCAGGAGGUUCCUCGUGCACGGUCUCCUGCUCCAUCCAUGCGACGCAGCGCCAGUCCUCAAGUAUCUCCACGCGUCGACACCCGGUCAGGGUAUGGUGGUGGCGGAGCCAGCCCAGCUCCAAGCCCAACCACAUACCAAUCGAGUAGCGCGCGCAGCCGCUACAGCCAGUCUCCUAUUCCACGCCGCGCCCAGGAGCCGCCAUACUCGCCAAACGACUACGCUAGGCGCGCUUCCCCGGCUGCUAGUAGUCACCGUGCAGUCUCCCCUCAGCCUGCUUUCAGACAACAAACCCGUCCUUCUAGCGCUGGCGGCAUGGAGCUGCAGCUUUCUAAUCAAGUUGACAUGUACGGUGGUGGAUCAAGCUAUGGCUCUCGUCAUGACGGUCGGCCGAUGUCCCAGUACGGGGGAGAUAACAAUGCACCGCCGCCAGUCGGUCGAUCUCGCAGUCGCACCGUUGCCGUUGCUGACCCCGGUCGAAAAUUCAGUCGUGAUGGUCGUCCUAUUCUACACUUUGCUCGCUCAAUGUACACCUAUAGUGCCGCCAUUCCUGAAGAGCUUGGAUUUACUAAAGGGGAUGUCUUGGCUGUUAUUCGCCUCCAAGAUGAUGGCUGGUGGGAAGCAGAAGUCACCAAUGCUCGCGGACACCCUGGCUUGGUGCCGAGCAACUACCUCCAGAUCAUCUAG